GGGGGCAGGGCAUGGGGAGGCAUGGGGGGUCCUCCUGGAGGGACCCAGGGCAGUCUCAGGCACCACUCGCAGCAGAUCCUGUCGGAGCCUCUGAGCACCCCACUGCCCUAUGCAGCCCGACAGCCGCUUCAUCGCCGCUUUAAGGAGCGGUCCAAGCCCCAUUCUUGCCAAAGCCCCAGGGGCUGCUCAGUGCUAAGGGGUCACCAUUCUGGAAAGGCAGGUAUUUGACUUCCUGGGCUACCAGUGGGCACCCAUCCUGGCCAACUUUGUGCACAGUGUCGUGGUCAUCCUGGGGCUCUUUGGCACCAUCCAGUACCGGCCGCGCUACAUCAUGGUGUACGUCGUGUGGGCAGCCGUCUGGGUCACCUGGAAUGUCUUUAUCAUCUGCUUCUACCUGGAAGUGGGGGGCCUCUCAAGGGACAGUGGGCUCCUGACCUUCAACCUCUCCAGGCACCGCUCCUGGUGGCAAGAACAUGGGCCGGGCUGUCUGCAUGAGGGAGCAUCCCCAGCUGGACUCAGGCCGCUGCAUGGCCAGGCCCUGGUGUCCAGCACUGGCUGUUCCUUGGAGCCUGGCCACGUGGAGGCCCUGCACAGCAGCCUGCAGAUCCUGGUGGCGCUCCUGGGCUUUGUCUACAGCUGCUACGUGGUCAGCAUGCUCAUGGAGGAAGAGGACAGCUGCCUGAGCAGAGCAGGAACAGUCCAGAGCCUGGGCGGACUCUGUACCAUGGACUCCCGGCUCAGCUCAUGGGCUGCUGUCCACUGGCACCAGACCUGUCCUCGUGACUGAAGCAGCCCAACGAGGAAGGUCUGAGCCCUCAGGGGCACAAGCCACCUGUCCUGCUGGCCACAGAUGUUCCCAUCAGGCGCUUGGUAGGAGGAGGCCCACUGGAGGCAUCCUUUUUCCUCCACGUGGGAACCCUUUCCAACUUCCCAUUUGCCCCAAGACGUGGUAAGGCUCCUGCCUCUCAGGAGGCCCCCACAGAGAAAGGCCAGGUCAGGCCAGGGGUGGGCACUGCUCGGGUGGAGCCUUUGCCAGGGUCUGAAUGAAAAUUCAGAGCACCCUGUGUCUGGGAGUCGGUGGUUGACUCUGCCCUAGCAGCCUUCAGCCCCUGUGCUGCGUGGGCCAACACAGGCCAUCGUCGGGAGCAGACAAGGGGCUGCACACUGACGCGUGAGGAACACUGUGAGGCAGGAGUCGGCCCUGGGCUCAGAAGUGCGCUCACUUUGCCCAGUGAGUCCUGCCACUGUAUGGGACAGGUGGCCACAAGGGGCAGGCAAUGUGGACAUGAGGGGAGGACGAAUGGAGGAGCCUGGCAGGAGUGGUGCAGCCCGUCCUGGGCUGUCCCCUCUGCCCGUCCCCCCGCUGGAACGGUGAGGCUUUCCGAUUUCCCAGCCAGGAGACCAUGCACAAUCAUUGCCCCAGCGAGGUUCCUCCCAGGGUCUGAGACCAGACCUGGGCCCAGUUUGGGGCGGGGCUUGUCCCCCCUACCUGUGGGCUGCCUGUUGCUCUGGUGGGUGGGGGAGUGUUUCCCAUUGGGCUCUCUUUCUGUUCUGCCAUCUCUUCCAUUGUUUGGGGUUUCUAUUAUUUGGGUCUUGAUUU